AUGUCACAGGCGCAGCUGCAGAGCACAGACGAGGGCUUUGGCCCUCUGCAAGGCCCGGCGACCGCGCUGGUCGUCUUCCUACACGGGCGGGGCGACACCGGCCACAACAUGUUGCCCGUUGUCUCGGCCCUAGCUUCGGCGGUACCAACGGCACGCUUCUGGCUGCCCACAGCGCCUCGAAACCAGCAGGGCCGCACCUCCUGGUACGAGACAGACGGUGCAGGGCAGUUUGACCAGCGCAUCUACGAGCUCCGCCAUCAGCUCCUGUCGCGGGUCCAGACGGAGUGCCAGAAGCUUGGUCUGCCGAUGUCGCAGGUUGCCUUUGCUGGCUUCUCCCAGGGCUCCAUGAUCGCCGCCCUGGCGGGGCUCGAGGCAGCCAGCCCUUGCGCGGGCAUUGGGGUGCUUUGCGGUGGGGUACCCUGGGACCUCCAGCUCACAGAUGCGAUGCGUGAUGUCCCGAUUCUCUUCGUGGCCGGGGGAUGCGACAGGACGGUCACAGCUGAAACAACCCGCGUGGCCAAGGAGAGACUUCUUGAGCUGGGCAUGCGACGACUGCGCUACACGGAGCUCCCCGAGCUGUCGCACGAGAUUUCCGGCGAGGUAAUCGAGCUCAUGAAAGAGUUCCUUACCGCCUGUCUGCCAAGUCCACAAGCUCAGGCAGGCCAAAUGCACAUUCCUGAAGGGAUGCAGGUCUUCCUCCUCGAUGCGCCCGACGGCACUGACAACCGCGGGGUGGUCGAGGGCUUCGAGGAAGGCGCCGAAAGGUACUGGAUUCGGAUGCUUGGCGGCGAACGAAGGCUGCUCCCCGCUUCGGACUUCGUCCAGAGUCUGCAGGUGCAAUUGCUCCAAGCUGGCUUCGGCGAGAGUCCAGGCGAGUCGGCCAGCCUGGUUGGCCUGGAGCUUGGAGCGGAUGGCGCAGCCGGUGCAUACCUCGUGCGAGAGUGCUCCCAGCAUGCUACAGAGGAUGGACCUGUACUGCGCGUGAGUCCCCACAGGGUGCUGCUGCCGGUGGGCUGCAUUGUCCGCCUCGGUGGUCUGGAUGCAGGACCUGCGAGGCUACGGCCCAUGGCCGGGCGGAGGGCCUCCCUGCGCGGAGGGCUAGCAGAUGGCCGCCGUCUGCUGGCCGUGGAAGGCGAGUCGGCUCCGAUCCGGCUGCUUCCGCGGCAGCUGCUGCCAUGA